AUGGUUCAGAAUCGGACCUGGCAGGAGAAAAACACUCUCUGCAUCAGGUUAACUGAAUCUGUCGUGUUCCUGCGCGCCUCCGAUCCGACUGGCCGGGACCACGUCCAAGACAAUGCAGCACCUGCAAUGGUUCGCGGGCUGCUCACCCUGAACAUCGUGAAGCCUACUCGCAUCUCCAGCAUCGAGAUUGAACUGCAGGGGAAAGCCACCACUUCGUCGUUUGAAGGGGUUGGUGCGCGCCGCAUAGAGGUGACAGAACAACAAAAGGUGUUUUCUGCAUCUACUGUCUUAUUUCAAGCACCAUCGUCACCAUCUGCCCGACGUACUGCUUCAGUUGGCCCUGGACUCCCAGGCCGUGACCAUGAUGAAGUUCAUUACCCCGCAGAGCACAGUUUAGUCCCACCUGGACCACAUCCCAAUGACUUUCCAGCAUUCCACACCAGGAGCGCUAGCGUGGAUCCACGUCAAUUUUCUUCCACAAGCAGUGGGCGUUGUUUCAGUGACAACAAUGUUCUUCAGCGCGAGACUUAUGCUCCUCCCCACCAAGACACUGUUCACCUCCCUCCUACUCCUCCUUAUAGCCCACCCCUGGACCCCUCCUCGUUUACUGUAGACCAUCGUCCCUCGCCUACACACUCGCACUCGGGCUCGAUUUCUCAAUCUUCUGGUCACCCCAAACCAGAAGACAGUCCAGCCCAGACGCUGGAAGACCUUCGACAAGCGCUCAGGAAUAACAUAGAGGCAAGCCAACCGAGUAAGUCAAUUACUUACUGCUUUUUAUUUCUUAUGUCUAUACGCCUUACACUAGGUUCCCAUGGCCCAUUUUACACGCCCACUGCUGGUUCUUCUGCGUCAAGCAUACACUCGUUCCGCGAGAUUUCCCUCUCCCGCCGACCGAGUAUUGAAGACAUCUCUGAAAACGAGCAGUUGCCUGGCCAGACAUCCCGGUUCAGCUCCCGCACACGCACGUCUCCUGCAGAGUCGCAAAGUUCAACCGUCGUUUCCAAUGUCGCAGCAACACCCGAGGAUAUCUAUCGUGGGAGAAAGCAUGCCCGUUUUUCGCUUUCUGCUGUUGCGAAUGCGAUCGAUACGAUGGUGGAGCGUGUGAGGUCGCGUUCCCCACGUGCUGAAUCCCAGAGGAGAAGCAAGAGUGGAAACCGUGAUGGCGAACGAGGUAGGACGCUAGACAGAGGAAAGGGGAAGUUGCCGGAGCUGUCGUCGCAUGAAAAUGAGAAGCACAAGCAUUACACAGCGUUAGGAAAAGUGGGAGAACUCUUAGGGCUGGAGGAAGAGCAUAAAGAUGUGGGGGAGGGUUGGAAGGAAUUCAAGAAAGGAACAUAUACCUAUCCCAUCUCAUUUACCAUACCAAACAACUCCCCUCCCACCAUCGAAUGUGACCACGGAUCCAUGAUUUGGAGGCUGAAAGCUGAAGCGCACCGACCUGGUGCAUUCACAUCAAAGCUGACUGCCCAACGCGAAGUUCCUGUGGUCGCAGCACCUGGAGAAGAUGAUACCGAGGACUCGGAAAACAUCAUCAUCGAGCGCCAGUGGGAAUCGCAGCUGCAGUAUCUGAUAGCAAUAUCGGGACGCAGAUUCCACACUGGCGGCACCAUACCCAUUGAUCUCACGAUCAUGCCUUUCACGAAAGCCAAGGUGCAUCGAAUAUCUGUCUACAUCGAUGAACGGAUUGAGUACCACACACAAAUGAAGCGGGCCGUACGCUCACAACCUACACGUCGAAUACAGUUGCUUUCACUCCAGAACGAGGUUGACGACGAGAGCCAGCCGUUACUACCUCUCAUAUCCGACGACCCAGAGGCAUUCAGGAAGUCACCUUUGCACCGACUCCUGAACGCUGGCGACGACGAGAACGAGAUGGCCAUGAUUGUCAUGGGACCAGGACCAUGGUCAUUCCACCACGAACUGCAGCUUCCGGAACACUGCUCCCUCAUUCAUUUCUCCAAUCGGAACAAAAAGAGCAACAUCACCAUCAAUCACACACUCAAGAUUGUCCUUCGCGUAGAACGUGGCGACGACGAGUCGGUUGACCCGAAGACGAAGAAACACAAGCUAUUUGACAUCCUGAUCCAAACGCCUGUACACAUCUUAUCUUGCCACUGUGCCCCAGCGUGGGCGUCUCUACCCAGGUACUACGAGGCGCUAGAACGCGACUUCGUCAGCAAACGCGUAUCCUGCCCAUGCGACCUCAGACCCGCGCGCAGCACGCACUGCGGUCCCGACGCCAGUGAGCUGUACACGUCAUUGAACCGCGUGGUCUCGAUCGACUCCGCCGCGUCAUCUGCAGAGAACCUUUCGCCGGCGAGGCACAGUGGACCACACGCGCAGACGCUUGUGGGGCGAAGCGCACAGUAUGAACGGCUGGUGUCGGGAAUGGAGAGCGAGGCCGGGGAGGCACCGCCGGCGUAUGAGAGUAUUGGUGGUGUGAUACCCGUUUUUCGGUCUCAUUUUUAUCAUGCUUGA